AAAGAGGGAAGGAGGGGGGAGGGGAGGAGACAGUCAGUGCACCUGAGACAGCGGCAGGGAGAGAGCGAGAGAGACAGAGCGAGGGACUGAGGCGAGAGAGACAGACAAGGACACCGACUCAGGAGACCCCCAUGAACACAUAGAGAGGUGCUGAAGGACAGCUCCCGCCUCUGCCCCCUUGUAUUCCACAUUUCAGCUCUUCUGCCUGUUGUUUGUGUCAAGCCGACCCCCCUCCUCCUCCCCGACUCCAUUCAAUUUAAUCUCCCCUGAUACUGAUGGAUCUAGCGCUGCACUAGCCUCACACUGCGACCCAGGCCCGAGCCCAUGAUGGUGCCUGUGAUUAAAGCCCUGGAUGUGUAUGAUGCUCAGCAGGCCCGGCUCUCUGCCUCCCUCAGCUGGAUCAUCUACCGAUACUAUGGACAAGAGGUCCCUGCAGAGCUGUGCUCUCCCUGCUACACAGACCAGUAUGAACAAGAACACGUAAAGCCAGCAGUGAUCACCCUCCUGUUGUCUGCUGAUAUUUACUGCAGAGCCUACCGUAAAGCCCUUCCCCACGACAGUUCCCCACCCCGGGACAAUGCCGGCCUUCUCCUCAUGUUGGCGCGGAAGGGCUUGGCACCAGCGAAUCAGGGAGAGCCUGUGAAAACCAUCGAUCUGAGAGAGAAGCCUAUCCGUAUGGCUGCCCACCUCUCUCUCAUUGACUCUCUGAUGACGCUCUACUCUAUCCAUUGCACUGCACCCCUCCCUCCAGAAGCAGACAUUAGCCUGACCAGCGUGGAGACCAAGCUUCUCAAUUGGGUAGAUAAGGUAAAUAACCAUCUUCUUGAAGGAGCUGAACGGGAGCAGGGGAAGAAACAGUUAUCUGCCCCAGACGGGCAGAACCAAGUUGGGUGCCCCUCCCGCUGGUACUGGAAACUGGUCCCUCAUGCCAUCGCUUUUUGUUUAAAGGAGUCUGGGAAUAAGCCUCCCGUGAUCCGCUAUCGGAAGGAUAAAGCUCUCUCCAGCCAGACCCCCUGCUUUACUGCCGUCUCAUCCUUGAGGGACCUGUCUAAUGGGAGCGCUCUCGCAGCCACUGUGCAUUACUAUUGCCCCACUCAGCUCAGGCUACAAGAUAUCUGCCUGAAGGACACCAUGUCAGUGGCCGACAGUCUCUAUAACCUGCAGCUCCUGAGAGAGUUUUAUGCUCAACACCUGCCACCCUCCUGCCCCCUCUCCUUGGAGGAUCUACUAUAUGUUCCCGCCGCCCUAAAGGUUAAUCUCGUUGCUCUCCUGGCUGAUCUUUACCUGUGCUUUGAAGUAGUCAAACCCGACUUUGUGCAGCCCAAAGACGUGUACCUGCACAGUGAGAGUGCAACUCCUUCCAGUGCAACUCCUUCCAGUGCACGAAGUGGGGGCCGGUCCCCAAUCUUUAACUUCAACCGGCCUGGCAACACUGGCUCCCUUCCUCACUCUUCCUCAAUGUCCCACAUGGAAGGAUUUGGAAAGGCAUGGGUAAAGAACCCUCUGAGUCAUCCUCUGUCUCAAGCAGUCUCCUUCAGCAUUCCCUUUGGCUUGGACAGUGAUGUAGAUAUUGUGAUGGGGAAUCCUGUAAACAUCAUGCGCUCUGUCAGCUCUGACAGCCUCAAUCACCCCCCAAAGUCUCCCAGCUGUGUCACCCGCGCCACCUAUACCCCCCCUGAGGAUGUUGCUGAACUUCAGAUGCAACCUCGCACAUUGAAGAAGGUUCCGCUUACAGGGAAAGUGGCCUCUGAUUCGAAUGCUCAGGAUAAAACUGCUGGAAGCUCAGGGGUACAGACGGACCUCCCCACAAUUGAAGAGGCCCUGCAAAUUAUUCAUAGCUCAGAGGCACGUCAUCUGCCAGAUGGAGCACCAGAUGGAUUUUAUCUUCAUUCUCCUGAGGAGGCAAAGCCCCCCAAAGUGGAAGAGUUAGUGGGUACCCCAAAUGUGGGCGUUUAUAGGACACAUAAUACCUCCAGGAGGCUCUCCCGGGAUGAUGACUCUGUUCUAAGGGACAACAGCCUGGACUCAGAUGCAGAGGAGACUAAACCUGCUCAGGAGUCUAGUCGGAGCUCUCUCAGCUCCCAAGCAGAUUCCAGUUCAGGGGCAGGGACAAAAAUGACCAGUUUUGCUGAGCAAAAGAAGAAAAUGAAUGCCAAAAUAACUCCAGAAAGUUCCCCUUCAUCUUUGCCUUUGAACUCUCCCAAUACCACCACAUGGGCUCAGAAGGCCGAGGAGUCUCCUGUGAAGAGUCCGGCCUUAAAUUCUGAGAUGAACCAGCUGAGUGCCCGGCUUGAAGAGAAACGGAAGGCCAUUGAGGCACAAAAGAAAAGGAUUGAAGCCAUCUUUGCAAAGCAUCGCCAACGGCUUGGCAAGAGUGCGUUCCUUCAGCUUAAUAAAAAGGAUGGAGAGGAGGGAGAGGUGGAAGAAGGUAAAAUAUCUCCAGAUGAAGGUCUCCCCAAGGAGCUGGAAGAUGAAGGAAAGAGGAAGCAAUUCCCAGAAGAUGUAAGCAAUGAUGAAAAACUAUCAGAUGCAGUGAUGCGACCCCGAGGUGAGAAACAAGUCAGCUUCUCACCUGAUGUUGCAAAAGAAGGUCUAGACAACAAUCUGGGGGAUUACAAUCGUGCUGUAUCUAAACUGAACAAUGCACUGUCAUCCCUCCAGCUAGAUAUGAAAAGGCUGUCUGACCAGCAGGAUAAAAUGAUGAAAAAGGAAAGCAAGGCCUGGGUCAUACCAGCCCCAAAAGCCUCACCACCUCAACAUCGACCCAGAUCUUCACCUCCUGCUCGCCUCACAAGAGAAAUUCAGGCCUCUCGUUCCUCCUUACCUGCAUCUCCCUCACAUUCCCCAAUCCGUCUUGCUCCAAGGUCCCCUCAGCCCAAUGCAAGGAGGUCAGUCCAACCUGUGCCUAUAACACCCAAAAGUCCCAAGACAAAUCGGCCAGUUGAGCUAAAGAUCCCACCUGUAAACAGAGUCCUCACUCUUCCACAUAAUGUUGAUACUAUACCUCAUCUGCGCAAGUUCUCCCCAAGCAAAGUGCCAGAUCAGACAAAGACAUCCAUAUAUUUUACUCAUAAGGGACUAGAGGGAGAAGAGGAUGGAGAGACUGUCCCAGCUAUGGAAGGUCAUGGUAACAUGCGGCCUGUUGCUUCUGUGGUGCCACAGAGUAGUGGAGUGGCCACUUGGACUGAAGAGACAGAAGCAAAGAGAAGCAGUUUGAUAGAAAUACCACUGUCUGAUUUAAGGGCUACAGAAGAUUCUGAGGUUGAAGGCCCAGACUCACUGGAGGGAACACCAGGAGAAGAUGGAGUGCAGAGAGGGGGAGUUGGAUUCUUUUUUAAGGGUGAGGAGCGGACAGAAGACGAGAUGGCACAGAGAAGGGCAUCUCUCUUGGAGAAGCAAAAGAAGAGGACAGAAGAAGCAAAGAAAAGGAAACAAUGGCAAGACGAAGAGAAAGAUAAGAAGGAGGAGGCAAGCCGACAGCAGCAGCAACAGGAGGAGCAGAAGCCCAAAGAGGAGGAAGUCGUAACACGGAGGGGCGACUUCACAAGGAAAGAGUAUGAACGGCGACAUCAGCUGAAGAUCAUGGAGGAUUUGGAUAAAGUUCUACGGCAGAAGCCCAUGACCGUUCGGCAAGUUAAAAAGCCGCGCCCAAAGACCGUCUUCCGAGACGACUCGGUCAUUUCCCGAAGUCCAGUUCGAGGCCUACUAGGUUCCAAGCUCAGUAAGGUUUAUUCCCAAUCCACAAUGUCUCUCUCCACUGUCGGCAAUGAAAGCGGUUUUAGCACUAUGAGAAAAUCUCCCAAAUCCCCAAGAGCCAUGUCACCUUCUGGUCCAAUGUCUCCAAGCAAAAGUCCCUUUACUCAGAAUGGGGACAAGGACUGGGACGCUGCAUCCACAGCAUCAUCUCCUGCCUCCAUCCCAGAAUAUACUGGUCCCCGACUCUAUAAAGAGCCAAGCGCUAAAUCAAACAAGUUUAUAAUACACAAUGCUUUAUCUCACUGCUGCCUCGCCGGCAAAGUCAAUGAAUCCCAGAAGAACAAGGUUCUAGAGGAAAUGGAGAGAAGCCCAGGCAACCACUUCCUGAUUCUGUUCCGUGACAACAGCUGUCAGUUCCGGGCAGUCUAUGCCUUUUCAUCCGAGACGGAGGAGCUAAACCGCUUGGCUGGCAUCGGCCCUCGCACGAUCAGCUUGUCUAUGAUAGAAGACAUCUACAAAUACAGCUCAGACCGAAAGCGCUUUACCCAGAUACCAAGCAAGACCAUGUCCAUGAGCGUCGACGCCUUCACUAUACAGGGCCAUCUCUGGCAGAGCAAACGGCCAACCACACCCAAGAAGGCAGGCACGCCAAAGUGAGAACAUCUUCAGCCAUCUUCACGCGUGUGGUGCUGUCUGGGCUCUUCGGGCCCGCGCAAUUACCACCUUUUCAGUUGCGGUCUAUUCGCUGUCCUGUGUUGAGUUUUCGCUCAAGUGGUGCCUGUUUUGAAUUGAGUCUGGUCAGGCUGGUGUUCACUUUUGCUUGGGCCCAACUGUUUUCACUUGGACAACAUCUCCUAGUUCAUUUGCUGCAUCUCAGUCCCACCAGAUGUCUUUUAAAGAAGCCUGGGCCCCACUGCAUUCUAAGGUGGUGCCUACUUUGCCCUCUCUUCUCAGGGUGGACUGGCUUAAUAGUGACUUAUCUUUUCUCUGUUAUGGAAAGUUAUUACAUGAUGGGCUUGGGUAGGACUUUCUCUCUACAUGUACCAGUCAAACUGUCUACAGACCCCUUUCUUUUUUACUCCCUUAUUACUACUCACUGCCCUCCCUACUAAUGUGCCAAGCUGUUAUUCACUGCCCACUCUAUUUAAACAAACUAUUGCCCUCUUAGGUCAGUGUAACCCAUUUCCCUUUAGUUUCUGCUGAAAUGAAUGGUGCCUUCCGUCUGUUGGCAGCCAAAGUGCAAUUCAUGGUUUUAAAGGAGAAUUCAACCUGUAAUAAAAAAAAUACCCCUAUCCCCCAGCCUACCUACCCGAUAAAUGCUCCUAUUUUUUUUUUUUUGCUCACUCCUCCAUGCAGAUUCUGGCCUCGGCGUUCACGG